AUGGACGAAAGCAUCGUCGAUGAACGCUCACUGCUGCUUUCCCGGACUCCCUCCGCUUCUACCAAAGAGGAGGAUGUCGCUUUUAAUAUCCUUCACGAUCUCGGUGGUCUCACCAGGCAGACGAUUCCCAUUUGUCUAUCAUUCGCGUUGCAAAAUGCGGUACAAGCAAUCAGCGCCCUAAUAGCCGGAAGUGUUGGUUCUUUUGAGCUGGAAGUCACGUCCUUUGGAUUCAUGUUCUUCUCCUGCACUGGAACCAUGAUUGGUAUCGGCGGCGCAACAGCACUUGAUACAUUAUGUGCCCAGGUGUCAACCUCUCAUUCGGCGGCAGAUAAUCCCAAAAUUCUAGGACUCCUGUUACAACAAUGCUUGCUUGUCUUGCUCGGCAUCUUUGGCCUCCUGAUUGCGCCCAUCUGGGUAUUUUCGGGACACAUUUUCAUCGCUCUAGGUCAGCAGCAAGACUUCGCGUUUGCGACAGGCAAAUUCAUGUUAUUCAUGCUUCCUGCCGGCAUUUUGCAAGUUGUGGGCGAAUGCUUGAAGAAGUUUUUGCAAGUCCAGGGUGAGAGCAACAUUGUGGGACUGUCCACAGCGGUUGCCAGCACGGUUGGCGUUCUCGUCACCUUCGUCCUGGUUCGCUGGACGAAGCUGCGGCUCUGGGGUGUCCCUUGUGCUUUCUGCAUCUACCAACUCCUUACCGUUGUUGCAUUGCUUUGUGUCAUCGCUCGAAAACCUGCAAUUAGGAGGACCUGGUACGGGUCUAUUUUUGGCAUUCAGAAAGGGAUAUCACGUUUGGCCUUCUACGCUGUCACUGGGAUCUUGACAAUUGCGACUGAGUGGUGGAGCUUCGAAAUUCUUGCAAUGAUGGCCGCAAGAUUGGAUCCCAGUUCUAUUGGGGCUCAGAGUAUUUUGAUGUCUUCCGACUUACUCUUCACAACGGUGUCGCUUGGGAUAAGCGUAGCUUCCAGUCACCGUAUCGGUGGCUUACUUGGUGCAGGCAAGGGUCUGGAAGCGAGGAAGGCCAUAGCGACACCGUACCUGCUAUCUUUCGUCAUUGGAGGCAUCGAGUUCUUUGUCAUCAUGCUUUCAAGAAAUGGCUACGGUCGCCUUUUCACCAGCGACGAAGGGGUGAUCGAAAAGACGGCACAGGUCCUCCCGCUAAUGGCUGGAUUCCAAGUUCUGGAUCUUUCCAACGGCGGCGCGAGCGGGAUACUGCGAGGUGCCGGCAAGAACCAUUUGUCAGGUGUUUGCAAUUUCUUGGCUUAUUAUGGAGUGGGUUUGACAACUGCAUGGUUUCUAUGCUUUCAGAAGCAUUAUGGCGUCUUUGGGUUAUGGGCGGGCAUCAUUACUGGGAGUGGUGCGCUUCUGGUUCUGCAGUCUUGCUGUAUUCUCAGCAUACGAUGGAGGAAGUUGGCCAAGGAUGUAUCUAGAUUACAUGCCACGUCGGACUAA